ACCCACAGCCAGGAGGGCUUUAGGAGAGGCAAAGCACACUAACAGUUUAUUGUUGGAUGAACUGGUGACUUGUUGCGUAACGGUGAUGCGCAAAACCCAACGAGCGAUACAGUUUACCACACAUAGUUGUUUUUCUUUCAAAAGAAAAGUUUGUAUUCGGUGUUGUUCUACAGAUCUUAAACUGGUUUUUAACUCGGCUGGACUAACAUGGCAGAGGGAGAUUUCUACACAAUGGGAAACCGGCAGAGGUUUCCCAGGGAUCCGUUUGGAGAGUCUCCGUUCAGGGAUCAACUAGGGUCUCGGUUUAUGGAGGACGACUUUGGGAUGCCCGCUUUCCCCGAAGAUCUGUCCAUGGACUGGCCGGGCUGGGCUCGGACGGGCCGGCUCGGCACGCGUCUCAGUUCCUCGCCCUUCAGCAGCAGUUUACGCACAGGUUUCCCCUCGCGCCAGUCCACGGGAGGCCCCACGCUGUACACCAGCAUGUACGGCGAGCCUUCCUCCCGGAGCUCCCCCACCACCACCGGGGGGGAACCCUGGAAAGUUUGCGUGAACGUCCACAGCUUCAAACCGGAGGAAUUAAACGUCAAAACGAGAGACGGGUUUGUAGAAGUGUCAGGAAAACAUGAAGAGAAGCAGGAAGAAGGGGGCAUAGUGACAAAGAAUUUCACAAAGAAGAUACAGAUCCCAAUAGAUGUUGACCCUCUGACCGUUUUUGCCUCAUUGUCCCCCGAGGGCGUCCUCAUCAUCGAAGCUCGGCAGACUCCUCCAUAUUACCUCUUCAGCAACGAGGGCUCGCAGGGUGAAGAGGAACAGGAAGUGGAAGCACUCAAGCCCCAAGAGGCCCCCAUGGUCUAAACCCCCAUCUCCUCACUAUCCUAACAACUUAUCCUACACAAUUGAUGAAUGAAAUGAAAUAUGUGGCCUAUAGCUUCAUGUUGUUAGAUUACAAUGGGUAAGGUAUUCAAGGUAAAUAGUUAUGACCUGUUUGAUGUCUUUAUUAAAGCUGCACAAGGCAAAAGUGUUAUAAAUGCAAGCAGAAUAGUGAAGAGCCGCCUCCCCCUGCUGGCAGAGAUGCUAUAGAUUUGCCACGGUGCAUGAUUUCGGUGCACGAUGCUGAAAGAUGCUGAUUAAAUCAAUGGUUGUUGCUACAACUCUAAUGCAUCAGCUAGGACAAUCCGCAUCUACUGUUGUAAAAGCAAAAGCCAAGGCACUGAAUCAUGAUGUAAACUGACUGAGACUGCUGCUGGUCAACAACACAUUUUGGUUAGCUUCUAAAUAUUGUGGUUUCAGUUCCAAUAACUGUAAAGCGAAACUUAAUGUGACCAGGAUAACAACAAUACAACUCAGAGAUCGCAAAUGGACAAACAGACACAAGCUGAAAACAUAACUUCCAAUGGAAGGGGAAAGGACAUGCUCUCCUUUGUGUUUCUCACAGACUUUCGCUGAAGGUAUUUAUAGUACGUAGCCCGACUUUCACCAAAUUACUACUGUUGCUAGAGGUCGGUGUCGUCUUGUAUUCGUUCUUUCAGUGAUUAACAGCGGUGGUGUAGCAGGCCCCAUCUGACUCUCAACUAUGAGCUGAUGACUCCCAUCUGAUCGAGGUUAUUUUUCAAUGUUCAAGUCAAAAUCCAAAUGUCCAAAAGACUCUGAAACUUAAGGUGUUUUCACUCUUGUCCCAACGGUUUCUAUUAUGACAAAAUGACUACAGACCGGCUGGUUUGAUAAUCAGAAUGUACAAUUUCAUAAAACUGGUACCUCCAAUUUGUACCUCUUAUGUGCCGUCACAUGUAUUUCUUCAGAACUGCCUUUAGUGUUUUUAUACAACCUUCUGGACACAUUUUUAAAAUCACAAAUGUUCCAACAGCAUAUGGAGCCACAGUGUAAACUUUUCUUGUGCAGUUUUACUAAUAUAUAUGGCUAUAUCCCGAGGGUUAUGAAAUAUCAGCUGGGCCACUUAUACAUUAUAAGCCAAAUAAUUUUCCAUAACCAAUAAGUCAAUAUAACACUAUGUGUAUCAAAUUUGUAUUUAUGAUUAUGAUGAUGAUUAUUGUGAUUAUUAUUAUUAUUAUUAUUAUUAUUAUUAUCUUUGCAUCAAACGUAUUAUAUGUGAUUUUGUUGGUCUGAAAAAGAAAUGUGCCUUUAUUUACUGGAGUGCCUUGACUUUACAGUUGUUUAUUUUUUGAGUUAAUGAAUGUCAAUUAAACUGACAAGAAACGAAAGCAAGCUAUCUUUUGUGGCUUCAUUAAAGUGUGAAUUGUGUGCAUUCAUACUGUAUUCUACCAAAGUGUAUUGUAAAUAUACUUCAACAUGUGCCAAUUCAUUAUAAAUAUUAAUCUAAAGUGUUUAAGGUUUUGCAAUAUGGUUUGCAUUUUUUUCUUCUUUUCUAUUUGAGCAAUCCAGAAGAUGGCUGCAUGAUUGUUGGAGCGGACAGACUCCCUUGUUUGCCAAAGACGUUUGUUUCCGGUCUUCUUCUCUGUCCAUGUCUUUGUAUCGGCUGACGCAAUAAAACUGUCCAGCCAAUCUC